UUUGGUGUCACCUUCUCCGGCAGUGUCACCUGGUAGAGUCAGCACUUCCCACCCCCUAACCCUGCUCCCAGUGACGUCAGUACUCCCUGUGGACCUCACUUUCCUCAUCUUCAAAUGCUAAUUUACAGGGUUGAUAGGGCCAAACAUAAAAUGUCUAAGGAAAGUAAUUUUUUUUUUUAGAGAAACGCGUUCUACAAACGCAUUUUUCAAAUUGAGCUUGCUCUGUUUGAGCAUCGAAGCCCCCUGGUGGCACAGUAUUAAGGCGAUUCACUGCCAACUGAAAGGUUGGCGGUUUGAAACCACCAGCGGCUCUGUGGGAGAAAGAUGUGGCCAACUGCUUUUUACAGAUUUACAGCCUUGGAAACCCUAUGGGGUGGCUACGAGUCUGAACCGACUCCACGGCAGUGAGUUCGGUUUGGGGCUUUGUUUGACCAGCGGUCACACUGAACGAGCGAUCUGACUGCUCAGAGAACACCCUCACGAACGAGCCGCGGCAGGAGAAAUUCCCGCCUUCUUUCACUUCGCCAAGUGUCGGUUGGUCGGUUUCACCGUCGAUCCCGGCCCUCCUCCUAUCACCGCCCCGCUGUGUUCCCGCCGGCCUGUGUUCUCAUUGGUCCACCCCGCAGCCUCCUACGCCAUGGGCGUUCCAGAGUCAGCCACUGGGAGUAGCUGAAUUUGGGUUUAAAAAACGCCGGUAGUGAAGUAGCCGCAGCGAACGUUUUGAACGGGGAUUCAGCGCUGUCUACCCUCCGAGCGACAGCUUCUCGGACCCACGCGGCCCUGGGCUCUCGGACGCCAGCCUUUCGCCCCCGAAGCCCGUGGAGUGGGGCCGCACGCUUGGCCCGGGGCCGAGCGCCGACCCCUCCGGCCCAGCCAUGGGCCCGCGCCGCAGGCGCCGCAAGCCGGAAACCCCGCUGAGGCGCAGCCCGAGCCCGACGCCCCCGGCCCCGCGGCGGCCCUCAGGCGCUCCCUCUCGUCGGCGUGGCCAGUGGAGACCUCGCGUUUUGAAGGAGAUCCGAAAGCUUCAGAAGAGCACAGACCUAUUGCUAAGGAAGAGGCCCUUCGGCCUCCUGGCAAGAGAAGUAUGUGCUUUUUUCACUCGUGGUGUGGACUUCAAUUGGCAAGCCCAGGCCCUGUUGGCCCUGCAAGAGGCGGCAGAAGCAUUUCUAGUUCACCUCUUUGAGGAUGCAUAUCUCCUCUCCUUACAUGCCGGCCGCGUUACUCUUUAUCCAAAGGAUGUGCAACUGGCCAGGAGGAUCCGAGGCAUUCAGGAAGGACUCGGCUGAGCUGCACCACUGUAUCUGUAAGCCUUUCCUGCCCACCCAAAGGGCGAGUGCACUUUGGAGAGAAAACAUCCAGCUUCUCAUCUUGGGUGGGAGUUUCUCCAAAGGAAUUUCCCUUCUUCAUCCUUAGUCCUGCCCUAUCUUGCCUCUUCUCUAGAAAAGUCUGCAGUUGGUUUUAACUGCUUGGAACUCUGGCUCAUGCCUUUUUGUACAAUGUUAAAUAAAGAUGUUUUUCUAUUAAGUAAUGACUAGGACAACCUGAAUCUCUGGCAGAGUAAAGCCUCUCCUUUUUACAAGGACCAGAUACCUCAUUUUUAUUAUGAGAAUUUUUUCUUAAUUUCAGAAAUACCAGGGACUCUCUGGAGCUGUGGCCAGAUCCAUGGAGCCUGAGGGGCUGUCUCUGGGGCAGUAUGACUGUAUGGCUUUUUUUUUUUUUUUUAAGAAGGUGAAGACUACAUGGUUUCCUCUGUAACAGAGGUAAUAUGUGAGGCACUCAACAUAGUCCCAGAGGCCUGAGAAUUAUUUUUAGAUGAGAGACUCCAAGGAUGACCUCAGUUUGUGAAUUAUUCAAAUGACCCUUUUCAUGAUUUGGAAAAGUGGAUUUGCCGGAUUCUAGGAGAAAAGGAGAUUUACUUAUUAUUUUAGACCUUUCUGUAUUAUUUACGGCUUUUACCAUAUGUAUAUUUACUUUUAUUUGAAACUUAAGGGAAAAAAUACAAGAAGACCACUUCAGUCAUUUGCAUAGAAGGGCCUGGCAUGUCUGGCAUAUAAACUGUACCCUUCAGGUUAAUCUCAUCUUUAGUGGCAGCAUCAACUUAGUGAGUGGACCGUCCUGUCAACAAGUUUAUAGCUUUUCAAAACUUUAAUUGUGGCUGACAUAAAAAACGUUUAAGGUUUGAUGUUCUAGUUCUUUCCAGUAAGUUCCUAUUGAAAUUAUUCAGAAAUUCUAACUUGUAGAAUUUAGCAUGUCCUUCUUUAAAUCACAAAAGAUGUAUAAUAAUUUAUGCUUUAUAAUUUUUUAUACCAGUAUUUUAAGACGCUUUUUCAAUUGUUUUAUAGAUAUAUUUGUAACUUCUUUGUAGAGAGAUAAUAAAUAUAGUUCUUUAGUGAAAAAAUUUAAAAUAAAGAUUAACCAAUUAUA